AUGGGGAACACAGGGAGUUCACAGAAGAUCUCGUCGCAGGAUCGAGCGAUUCUCGAUCUCAAGAACCAGCGCGAUAAAUUAAAACAGUACCAGAAACGUAUCACCGUUCUGACCGACCGAGAGACCCAGAUUGCCAAGGAAUGCCUGGCGCAGAAUGAUCGGCGGCGGGCACUGCUUGCCUUACGGCGGAAGAAAUACCAGGAGUCCCUGCUGGAGAAGACAGAUGGGCAGCUUGCGCAGCUCGAGCAGCUAGCAGGCCAGGUGGAGUUUGCACUGGUGCAGAAGGACGUGAUGUACGGUCUGCAGCAGGGUACGCAGGUCCUCCAGGCGAUCAAUAAGGAGAUGGGCGGGAUUGAGGGUGUUGAGAAGCUUUUGGGAGAGAACGAGGAAGCACGCGCUUACCAAGAGGAAAUAUCUCAGAUGAUUGCGGGCAAUCUGUCCACGCAAGACGAAGAGGAUGUCGAGGACGAAUUGGAAGCUCUGCAGCGCGAACUUGCUCCACCUCCCAGGCUGCCUUCAGCUCCUGUCACCGAUUUGCCUGAGCAAGAGGUCCAAGAGACACCCACUGAGCCCAGCAAGGCCAAAGAAAAUACUCGAAUGCCGCUGGCGGCAUGA